UGCUGAUGGAGAGCGAGACGGUAUCGGAGCAAGACCUGGAGCUAGAGAAGGCGUUCUACGAGCAGCAGAGCUUCGGGGUGAUCAAGCAGCAUCUGCAUCCAUCUACGGGGAAGCGGGCGCAUGUGUACAUAUCGGAUGGGCUACAUGCGGAGGAGGCGCUGGCGAGGAUCGCGAACAGGGAGCUGUCGCUGAUCACGACGGAGUUCGGCUACUUGUGCUACGUGAUGUUCGGGACCUGGUUGUAUGCGACGAGCCCGGGGCGUCCAUUCAGUCUCGUGGGCUGUAUCCGAGAUCUAGGGAGCAGCGGAGAUACAGGCUGCGUGGUGACGAGGUUUGUGCAGCAGCAGGAGUUCGACUGCCAUGGGCGGGUGAGGUCGAUGAAGACGUACAUGCUGCCGCUGGACAAGGAAGGCUUCAAAGCCUCGGCGGAGCCUCCGGACAGUCCUUUCGCUCUGUUCAACAAGCACAUGACUGGCCAAAGAGACUACGAGACGUUGAUGAACGACUUCGAGUCCGACAUGUUCGCGGGGGAGACGAUCUUGGGGAUGCAGAAGUCGAAGCAGGGGAUGGAGCGGCUAGAGGCGCUUGGGAGGGACCUGGAGCGGAUGUACCAUCCGUUUGUGGAGCAUGCAGAGAGGAUCCUGCAGGAGAA